CUACAAAUAAACAAGUUUCAAUGGAGUAAAAUAUGAAGAAAGGGUGCUGUGCACAUGAACUAUCAGUAGUUCACCCUUUAUUAGAAACCUUAGUGCAUAGAAACCCUUUGUUCUAAUGUUUCUGUAGAUUUGUAGUCUAUUGUUGGGGAUUAGACCAAAUGUGCACUUCAACUACUCUAU